AUGACCGAUGAAAAAGAUAAAGCUCUUAAAGCUCACCAAAGCAUUAUUGAUCCAUUUCCAAUUAUGUUCAAUGCGAUGAUAUCAUUACAACAACAAUCAAUAUUCAAGCCUAUUUACUACUACUUGUGGGGUGUCAAAGAAGCUGUAGACAUAGCACAUCGGAUCGUGUCGGAACGCAAAGCCUACUUGAAAGCAUCAGCAUAA